ACGAUCAUAUGACUGAUCGAUCAACGCGUUUAAGUCUUGUCAUAGAAGUUUAUUUAAUGUCGGUAUAUUCGAGUGUUAUUGUUCGGGGCUGCUAGUCGAACUAUAGUUUAUUUUGUCUUCAAUAUAAAAUUAAAUUAUCUUUUGAUUUGCAGUACAAAGUUAUUAACAAUGGCUUUGAGUGAUGCAGAUGUUAAGAAACAGAUAAAGCAUAUGAUGGCUUUCAUCGAACAGGAAGCAAAUGAGAAGGCAGAAGAGAUAGAUGCAAAGGCAGAGGAAGAAUUCAACAUUGAAAAGGGCCGUCUUGUUCAAGAACAACGAGUAAAGAUAAUGGAAUACUAUGAGAAGAAGGAAAAACAAGUAGAACUCCAGAAAAAAAUUCAGAGCUCUAACAUGUUGAAUCAAGCUAGGCUGAAAGUGCUGAAAGCCAGAGAGGAUCAUAUCAGGACUGUUUUGGAUGAAGCCAAAAAGGGUGUAGGAGAGUUAACAAGGAACCAGAGUCAGUAUAAGGAAAUUCUUCGUAAGUUGAUCCUUCAGGCAUUGUUCCAGAUGUUGGAAAAAGAAGUUGGUAUUCGGUGUCGUCAGCAAGAUUUCAAACUAGUCCAGAGCAGUGUAGUACUUGCUGUUGAAGAGUAUCAUAAGACCACUGGUUUGGACUGCAAAAUUGUAGUAGAUCCUGAAAAUUUUCUCCCUUCUGAUAUGUGUGGAGGUGUAGAUUUAUUUGCCCAGAGAGGGAAGAUAAAAAUUAGUAAUACACUGGAGAAGAAGCUAGAAUUGAUAAGCCAACAGCUUUUGCCUGACAUACGAACAGCUCUCUUUGGAAGUAAUCCAAAUCGAAGAUUCAUGGACUAGGCAAGUUCCCAAGGAAAAUAAAUUAUAUUGUAUGAAUUUCAGUAAUUGUAUUGUCUUGAGUAACUUAUCAAGCAAGGUUUAAUUUUUCAUAUAAAGUCAUCUUUAUAGUAGGUUUUGAGGUAUUUGAAUUGAAUGGUAAAGGCUUUUGUGAUGGAUUUUUUUUUUUUUAGCAUAAUGUCUAUGUUAAAGUUAGAUGACCAGAAGUGCAUAGACAAAACACAGUUCCAGUUCAGCACUUGUCAUUCCAUAAUGAUUGUAAAGGGUUGCCAUUACAGUUAAGGAAGUUUUAAAAGUUGUCAAGCUUAAUUUUUCAACUUGGUAUAGGAAUCUGUGAUUUACCAGAUGUACAUCAGUAUGAUCUGUUGAGUAUCAGAUACUUAGAGAUUCAGACUAAGAUAUAUGUAUAACAGUACAUUUGUAAGUGUGGAUGUUAUUGAACCCUUUAGAAAUGUUGUGGUUUUUACUUUUUUUUUAUCAGCUUAUAAUUUAUAAGCUUUACAGUUAUUGACUAUUAGCUGCAUUUUUUAUUUGUUUUUAUUAAACUUUUAGCUGUUAUGUUAUUUGAAGUAAACACUUCAUAAAAUUUCCAAACUUAAGUGUUGACUCUUACUGGUUGGACAUUAAAGUCACUUGAAGAGUGUACUGUAUCAAGAAAAACAAAAUUAGAAUAUCAAAACUCCCAACACUCUUGAAAAGGGCAUUAACUGCUUCAUAACUACAUGUUUCUUAAUUUUUAACUUACAUUUUCACUUUAUAAAUAUUCUGUGAAAUUCCUUACAAACAGAUGUACGAAUGUCAGAUUAAGUACUUUGAAAAUUUUGAUUGAGAUACAAAAUGAUUAUCUAACCAAUAAAAUUGUGAAGUUCAUUACUUUUUCCAGUUACUUCAGAAAUAUAUUGAUGAAGAUAAAUCUAUAUAUAGUACACCAGUAAAGAAACCUUAGUUAUAAGAUAGCAAAAUAUGCAAGUGAGUAAAAAUACCCACUAAAUUGGACUGAUAUAUUUUUAAGUUUACCCAUUCUUUAUUGACAACAGAUAGGACUGUUUGGCAAGCUUUUUUUUUUUUGCUUUUUUUGGAUUAAUAAAAUGGAAAGAAAAAAGAAGAAACAAAUAUGAAAAUAAAAAUGCAUACAUCAAGAAAUGUGUAGUUAAGAAAAUCAAGCCAUUGAAUAAUAUUGGGAUUGCUUAUGUGUGUUUAGAUGUUAUGUGUAUAUAUAUAUAGUCAAAAUGCUCUUUAAAUGAUACAUGUCUCUAAAAGUACCUUAUAAAAAUUAAAGUGAUACAUCACACUAAACAGUGCACUCGACUCCAGUAACAGUUUUAGCUGGAUGUAUUCAAGUUAAAGGGAAAUAUUUCGGGUAUUUCUUGAAAUGGUCUAGUGAUAUAUUUAAGUAAUACUAAACUACAGUGAAAGAUAUCUUAAAAUGAAUAGUAACAUUUCGUUCGUGCACUGUGAGCUUGUUUUUCUUUUUCCAUAAUGUUGUAUAGGAAACAAAAUUCUCCUUCUGUUCAUUGGAAUAUCAAAAUAAUUUAAGAAAACUUGAAGCGUGUAGUUGUGUGUGUAAUAUUCUGCACAGAUUAAUGGUAGUUGAAAUAAGGUAUGUGUAAAUACAGGUAUUUUGCUGUAAUUUGUGGUAUCAAAAUCUUGGAAUAUGUAGUCAUUUUUACACUUUUUUUUUUUUCAACCUAGCUCUAAGUGUCAGAACAAUUAAAGUUUAAGCUAUAGGUAAACUGAAAUACUAUAUUUCUUAUGUUGAACGAGUAAAUAACAAAGUUUAAGAUGUAUUGAUAUUGUUGUAUAUUUCCUUAACUAUUUGUUAUAUUGACUUGUAGAGAGAGAGAAAGUAGAACAGUUAAUUUAUCAUUGUCAUCCAUGUUUCAGAUUACUGUAAGAAUUGUUGAAAUGAUGAGUUAGUGUAUGAGUUUUAAAAAAUAAAAAGUCUGAAAACUCUAAA